AUGCCACCGUCUAAACCCUUCGUCCUUUUCUUCAAUCCCGUCAAACAUGCCAGGUCCUUCCUCGAGAAGCUCCAGCAGGUGGCGCAUACGGAAGUCGUGACAAGCAGGAGUAGGACCGAGUUCUUCCACGAUCUCCAGCAUAAGUACAGAAACAUCUUCGCCAUCUACAGAACUUCAUCCAGUGGUGCCGUGGCCGGUAAAUUCGACACCGAGUUCAUAGACCAGCUUCCUCCGAGCUGCAAGUAUAUCUGCCACAAUGGCGCUGCCGCCUGUACCCAACGCGGUAUCAUCGUCACCAACGCCCCCGACCCCGUCACCGACGCAACCGCCGACCUAGCUCUAUUCCUACUUUUAGGCGCCCUCCGCCAGCUGAAUCCCGCGCUCGCCUCUCUUCGCGCGGGGAGAUUCAAAUCCGGCGUCGACGUCGGGAAUGAUCCCCAGGGCAAAGUUCUGGGUAUUCUCGGCAUGGGACGAAUCGGCCGGGCUAUUAAGAAGCGAUGCGAUCCAUUCGGCCUUAAGACCGUGUACCACAACCGCUCGGAACUUCCGCCUGAGCAAGCGGCGGGUGCUGAAUACGUCUCCUUUGAGAGACUUCUAACUGAGAGCGAUGUGAUUAGUGUCAAUGUGCCCCUGACGCCAGCUACAAGACAUCUUAUCGGCCCGUCGGAGCUGGCGAGGAUGAAGCGUGGUGUUGUUAUUGUGAAUACGGCCCGGGGCGCGAUUAUCGAUGAGGCGGCUUUGGCGGAUGCAUUGGAGAGUGGACAUGUUGGAGCUGUGGGUUUGGAUGUUUAUGAAAAGGAGCCGGAGAUUAAUGAGAAGCUGUUACGACAGGAAAAGGCCUUGAUGGUGCCGCAUGUUGGGACGCAUACUGUUGAGACCCUGGCGAAGAUGGAGGCUUGGGCGAUGGAGAAUGUGCGAAGGGCGGUUAUUGGGGAUGUCUUGCUUUCGCCUGUCCCUGAGCAUCGCAGACAGAGUAAGGUGUAGUCCAGCCGCACGACCUGCCGGUCGAAUACUUGAAAGACUAUAGAGCACACAUAGAAAGUCUGACCCAUCAAAGGUCAUAACAGAAUUGGUUCCCCGCUCGGCUCCCC